AUGAAAUGGCAAACGAUUUAGGAAUAAAAUUCUUAGAUUUUGGCCAGGUUGGUAAAAAUUAGCAACCGAUCUCCAACACCUCCAAGUUAGAGUGGAACUCCAAGAGGAAGAAGAGCUUUGAAAGAACAAAAGCUCAGAAUAGAAAGUGAGAACAAACGAUUACAUAAUAAAUUAAAUGGAAUUUAGUCAGAUUUGAGGUAGGAGAAAUUUCAGGAAUCAUUUAUGAAACAUAAGAAAAUACAAAAAAAUAUGCAAAGAUUUUACUUCGAUCCCAAUUUACAUCAGAUAAAGUUACGAGUUGAUGCAUUCUUAGACAAUGUGAGUUCGUAAAGAAUACAUGAACGGUCCAAAAGUCAAUAUUAGAAUUCGAAAUCCUCAAGAUUUGAUCAUUCACCCUUCAUGAAAUUUAGAACUGUAAGUUAAUCUUUUUCUAAAGCUAGGGUGUGA